UGACACGCAACUACUCCAGAGUCAUGGUAGAGGGGAAAUGAUCGAGCGGUCGCCUCGGAACAUAAAUGGCUCGUCUCGGUAUCCGUCAACGAGAGAGGCCUCGGCGAAUGGAUUGAUUGGAUAUUCCAAACGUCUGGCAACAAGACACACGUAAAAUACAGCGCGGCUUGCACCCAGUGAGCCUGCGCUAAGAGCAAAAGAGGAGGUUCCCGAAUAGAGCCCUUUAUUUAUUAUUUCAUUGUUUCCAGUCGGGAAAAUAAUUACAGCGACACAUCCUACAGCACUUCAUUUAUUGUCGUUGCCCGUAUACACCAGAAAACUGGAUAAGAUUACAGUGCUUAGCCGAAGGCCAAAGCCAAGAGGAGGAGGAUGAAGCGGCGCAAUGCGGACUGCAGCAAACUCCGACGGCCGGUAAAACGGAACCGAAUCACCGAGGGUAUAUACGGCAGUACUUUCCUGUACCUGAAAUUUCUGGUGGUGUGGGCGUUGGUGCUACUGGCUGACUUUGUGUUGGAGUUCAGGUUUGAGUACCUCUGGCCUUUCUGGCUCUUCCUCCGGAGUGUCUACGACUCUUUUAGAUACCAGGGGCUGGCCUUCUCAGUAUUCUUUGUGUUUGUGGCACUUACUUCAGACUUCAUUUGCCUCCUCUUCAUCCCAGUACAAUGGCUGUUCUUUGCUGCCAGUACUUAUGUGUGGGUCCAGUAUGUCUGGCACACAGAGAGAGGAGUCUGUCUACCCACAGUGUCACUAUGGAUACUCUUUGUGUACAUAGAGGCAGCAAUCAGAUUCAAAGACCUGAAGAACUUUCAUGUAGACUUGUGCCGUCCCUUUGCUGCACACUGCAUUGGCUAUCCAGUGGUGACACUGGGCUUUGGCUUUAAGAGCUAUGUAAGCUAUAAGAUGCGCCUCCGGAAACAGAAGGAGGUGCAGAAGGAGAAUGAGUUUUACAUGCAGCUCCUGCAGCAGGCUCUGCCUCCAGAGCAACAGAUGCUACAGAGGCAGGAGCGAGAAGCAGAAGAAGCAGCAGCUAAAGGAAUAUCUGAAGUGGACACACCUCCAGUGUCACAGAAUGGCGCCCCUGCCAAUAAAAAGACCUCGGCGCCUCUACCAGAGUUAGAGUAUAGAGAAAAAGGGAAAGAGGGGAAGGGUGGUGGGGAUGCUAAAAAGCAGCACAACAGCAUCCUGCCAUCAUCAGUGGACUCUAAACUCCAAGAGAUGGAGUAUAUGGAGAACCAUAUGAACAGCAAAAGACUGACCACAGAACUGGGCAGCACAGAAAACCUGUUGCUUAAAGAGGACAAUUCCUCUUGCUCGUCCUCUUCCUCCUCUUCCUCCUCCAAAAAUUACAAAAACAGCAAUGCCACAGCACUCAACUCCUCGCCCCGUGGCCACAGUGCGACAAAUGGCAGUGUGCCCUCCUCUGCGCCUUCCUCCUCUUCCACAGGGAAGAAUGAGAAGAAGCACAAGUUAGCAGUGGGGAAAGGGACGUCAAGUGGCUCCAACAGGGAUCCCACAGACAACUGUAUCCCCAACAACCAGCUUAGCAAGCCAGAAGCACUUGUUAGAUUGGAGCAGGACGUGAAGAAGCUGAAGGCGGACCUGCAGGCGAGCCGGCAGGUCGAACAGGACCUUCGCAGCCAGAUUGGCUCACUGGGAAGUGCUGAGCGCUCAAUACGUACUGAGCUGGGCCAAUUGCGCCAGGAGAAUGAGCUUCUGCAGAACAAGCUUCAUAAUGCUGUGCAGGCAAAGCAAAAGGACAAGCAGGCUGUGGGACAACUGGAGAAGAGGCUCAAAGCUGAGCAGGAAGCUCGUGCCACUGCUGAGAAACAGCUCACAGAUGAAAAGAAGCGCAAAAAGCUUGAGGAGGCAACAGCAGCCAGGGCAGUAGCACUAGCUGCUGCUUCCAGAGGGGAGUGCACAGACACGCUGCGAAGGCGGAUUACAGAAUUAGAAUCGGAGUGUAAGAAACUAACCCUGGACAACAAGUUAAAGGAGGACCAGAUUAGGGAGCUCGACUUGAAAGUCCAGGAGCUUCAUAAAUACAAGGAGAAUGAAAAAGACACAGAAGUGCUGAUGUCAGCACUGUCAGCCAUGCAGGACAAGACCCAGCACUUGGAGAACAGCCUCAGUGCAGAGACCAGGAUCAAACUGGACCUCUUCUCUGCGCUGGGCGAUGCCAAGAGACAGCUAGAGAUUGCGCAAGGUCAGAUCCUUCAGAAAGACCAAGAAAUAAAAGAUCUGAAGCAGAAGAUAGCCGAAGUGAUGGCUGUCAUGCCCAGCAUCUCGUACACAACCGACACCAGCAGCAUGACCCCGGUGGCCCCCCACUACUCUUCCAAGUUCAUGGACACCAACCCCUCCGGUCUGGACCCCAAUGCCUCAGUUUACCAGCCACUCAAAAAGUGACCGCUUCAUGCUAUCUCUUCUCCAUUUGCCCUUCUUUUUUUUUUCUUCUUCUUCUUUUUUGGGGGGGUUCCCUGACCCAUCACCUUUCAAUCUGCUCGGCAUGUCUGCGGCUGAGAAUCUUGGGUCUUUCUUUUCUCCUCGCCAGGUCAGAAGGAUGUUGUAUUGUGUGUAGUUAAAACAAAAGACAAAAAAAAUGAAAGCAGACAUCACAUCAAUUAGGAAGUCCCAUAUUUUUCCUCAUGAGUGUUUAGUGAAACCUCACAGAUUCGGGGAUGUAUCGCUGUACAUCAAAAGAGUGUUGCUCUCAGCUCUCAUCACCAUUGCAACCCCUGGCAACAAAUAAGCUGCACUUUGGUCCUUGGGAGUAACUGCUUGAUGGUUUAGGAGUGGAGAACAGAAUUCCCCUUAAACCAUCAAACAGAUCUCAAGCUGUACCCCACAGAUUUGUUUUUCUCCCAAUGUAUUAAGGAAUCAUUUGUACAUUCAGAGGAAUGUAGUGCAGCAUUAGCACAGGCCCACUGAGUUGUAUGAAAUGUAUUAUUUUAAUGUACAAUCAGACACCUAGUAAACCCUGCUCUGUUGCUUUGGGGUUAUCGUUUUUAAGAUGUAUUGCGUGAUUUUGUCCAGUGACUCUUUUUAAGAUUCAGGUGUUGAGUUCAACAAGCUGGGUGUGUUCAGAAAGCUUGACAUAGGCAGGAGCGGGCCCUUAUAAAUAAAAUACAGGCAGACAUUACAUUUUGAAGUAGUAAACAAACAAACAAACAAACAACCUAUAUAUAUAUAUAUGUUCAGUUUUCUGUGCUGUAUUUUCGGAGUGAACUUUGAGUUAAGAGUGCAGGACAGGUUGGUCAAUAUUUUGCAUAGGAUGCCAGCUGUUGUCAUGAUCACAGUGCCUUGAUUGAGGACACAUUGAGUUGAAUAAUGAAUCACAUUCAAAUUGCCGUUCAGAAUUAGUUACUGUGAUGCUUCUGGCCAAACUGCCAAGAAGGAUAAUUUAAUCCCGCACUGUAAAGUGAAACAGCGUUGCUUUUUUUCUCCUUCAGGACCUUGUGUUGGAUGUCAAAAUCACCCAUGAGCACUUAAAGGCUGUUUGUCCCUUUUUCACUCAAGUGAUGACUUCAGUGAAAAAGAAUAAAGGAAAGUCAUCCUUCUGUUUACACACAGGUACCUGGCUCAUCACACGGCUCAGCUGCUGGUGACAUUCCUCCGAAACUGUGUUUAGCUGCUGCCCAUAUUUCUUUUUCAACUUCCAGUUGAAGCUAUUGAAGCUUGCACUACCGAAAACAUAUUUGAAAGGGAAAAAACAAAAAAUGGACCAUGCAAUGUGAAUAAGAGAGCUCCGAGAAUGCCAAACGUUGACAUUGCAGUUAGAGUAACUGUAUUUAAUUGAUUCUCCUCUUCAGUUUGUGUGCCAAGAAUGCAAUUCUAGUUUUUCCUAGUAGUGCAUUGAAGAAUGUACUGCAAAUACAUUGGCUGACAUGUUUGAAAAGUCACAUUGAACAUUUCUGUUGUGACCUGUUUGGACUGGCGUGAGUAGUUGCCAGCAAAGGGUCUUGAGCAUCUCAUUUCUUCUCAUGAAUGUUACAGUAUUUGCAACUGGGUUUCAAAGUAGUUUUCUUUCUGGGUUUCUUUUCCUACAGGAAGCAAAUGGCUUGAGUCUGAUAAGGUUUCACCAUCAUGUGAAAUGGUCAUUGUUGUGUGUGUGGUUCUCACCUUCUGUAUAUGGAGAGGUUUUUUUUCUGCUUGAUUGCUGUUAUUGGCUCUUCAGACAAGUGUUGUGAAAAUAACAGUCUAGCCGGUUGUUGGUCAACUGAUUGUUGAAAGUAUAGAAAAGUGUUUUGUUUUUUGUUUUCUAUGCCCAGUCACGCUCUUCCCUUCCAGGUCUGACCUUGGCUGCGCUCUCGCUCUGUGAGGUUUACAAGGAAUAAACUUUUUUUUUUUCUUGCAGAA